CUCUGUGCUCUCUGUGAUUGAUUUUAGUGUCGAUGAGUAGCCUUUGAAUCAUACUGGCCAGCGACACUCACAUUUUCCUUGAAUUCCGAAUGUGUCGAUGCCAUGGUUCUACAAUUAUGGUGAAGAACCAUGGCUGUGAAGGAAACUUAAUCAUCCAGUAAAGGGUGCUUGAAAUAAGAAUAUGUCACAGGUAACCACAUCCAAGAUGUCCGCACCAAAGGUCAAGAAAUCAAGAAGCAAGACCCCACCCGGUCAGAAUGAUGCUGGGCCUAGCAUUGAUGGGAAAGACCAGCCAAGGCAACGAGGCAGGAAGCUGGAGUUUGCUGCCAAGAAACCCCUGGAAGGAAAAAAGUUUUACCUGGAACUAACGGGCCCAAGGCAGAAACAUCAGUUGUCCAAACUCAAGGAAGACAUCGAGGAACUAGGCGGGGUUGUGGAGCAGUUUUUAUCAAAGGACCUAGCGUGCGUGAUAACAAACAGACUGGAAGCUAAGGAUGUCGAGAGGAAAUCUAAAGGUGUUCCCUCAGGUACCAGCCCAGCUGUAUCAACCCCAAGCCCUUUCCAUCAAGGCAGAGAAAGUACGCCUGGUGCCACAGAUUCGCCAGGAAACACCACCAAGGAUUCUGGAAUUGUUACCAGGGGGAAAGCCAUCGUACAAAAAGCUACCAAAUCUCAGAUGUAUGGUACAACUGAUGUGCUGACCAAUGCCAAGAACUGGAAUAUUCCUGUCAAACACUUGGAUGUCCUGAUGAAGUACCUCAGUCGAGAGAAAGAGAAGCAAAAAUUGAAUGGAAAAGAUAAGAAAAAGAGCAGUAAAGAGAAGAGUGUUAUGAAGGCUAAAGAGAGACAGUUGACCAAGCCAUACCUCAAGGUUGAAGAUGUACCGCGACGUCACCGGCCAAUCACCAAAGAGUUUGGAUCGUGGCCUCGUAUCCUGUUGGACACCAAGAAAGGUAGCUGUCCCUACGACCCCAAGACUCGCAACGAGGGCCACGUCCAAGGAGCAGAAAGGACCCAGGAUCGCCCUGAUGCUAGCCAGAGGACACCUGAUGUUAGUCACCGGCAGAAGGAGCUAAGUAGAAGCCAAUCUCUGAGCAAGAAGGCCAUGAGUAAAGCAGCCAAACAGAGGGAAGCAACUGCGUCCAAAAGUAAACUUGCAGCCAAGAGGGGGUUUUGUGAGUUCUGCAAUGUCAAGUACAGCAAUCUGGAAAAGCAUCUGGAUACGGAACAACACAAGCAGUUUGUUGGGGAGAAGAAUAACUAUACCAACCUGGAUACCAUGAUUGCACAGGGACCCAAUCUAGUGAGAUUCCUAGAAGACUGUGUUAGGUUUCAGAAUGUAGACCCCGAGUCCAGCAGUCAGCCGUCAAGUUCACUCGACGAUGAUUCUGAUGACUCUGGCACGGAGGAUGAGGUACUACUCUUACCAGCACCAGGGACACCUGAGAAAGCCCGUCGUCGGAAAGAUCCUGAGAAAGUCAGGAAGAAGAAUGAUCCACCAGCUUCCAGGAGAAGCAGGAACCUCGGCAAGAGUCCAAAGAAAACUGCAGAAAAUAGAACUUCUGCAGAACAACCAGGUCUUGGGGAAAUUCCCAGAAAGCACCUACAAUCAGGACUUGAGAACAAUGACAGUACUAUGGAAAAGACUGCUAGUUGCAAACGGAAAGUCUUUGAUCACCCUGCAGAUAAGGGUCCUUUGGUAGGAGGUGGUAAUGCUGCAGGAGUAGAGGAUGCAGGACAUCCAGGGGAAGACAGGAACAUCGGAUUGGAGGAUAGGUUAAGUGGUGGGAAUGGCGAUGCUAUGAACAGUCAACAGAAUGCCAAUUUCACCUCUCCAGGGAUAUCUACGGGUGUUUCCAGGGUCAGCAGUCCUGGUGUAUCUGAAAGUAGAGGGAGGAACAGCAAGAAGCAUCGGAGUGGUGGAAGGAGAAGUCUCUCACGUCAGCUCAGGGAAAGUAGAACUUUACCAAUAGCACCGCAGAGUGCACCUGAAGGGGAGGGUGUUGCCCAAGAGGGCCAGGAAGCUUGUGUGGUUCUUAGAGGUGUUGCCGGUGAAGAGGAACCCAUUAGGCAAGUAGGUGAGGAGUUUGUGAUCACCAGGAUAAGGAGGGAGGAUACUCUUGAAGAGCCAAGAACGGUAGGAGAAUGUACACCAGCAGCAGAUGAUACAGGCACACGGUCAACUGCACAUGAUCAUCAAGAUGUGGGUAAUGCUGAACAAGUAAAUGAAAAUGAUAACAGAAAGGUGACUGAGAAAGUGUCUUCUGUUGAGAGACUUGAUAGGAGCAGUGUCAAAGAUGGUUCCCAAACAGUCACUAGUCCAGGGUCUGCAAAGCAAAAGGUGACGAAGAAGAGGAAACGAGUAAGUGGUGGAGAUGUUGAUUCAGACGAUGUGUUCACCAGCAAUCCAACAACACCCCAGGUUGUCAAUCCAUCAACUAUAAAAGGAAGAACGGGGAGGGGAAAGGACAGAGACACUGAAAGGCAGAAAAGAAAGUCGCGGAGGAGUCAUGCAGAUGCCCCUCCUCAGAAAGUAAGAGGAAGGAGUGUGCGAGUCGGUGGUGAUGAAGAACGGCAAGUUGAGGAUCAUGAAAUUACUGCUGGUAGUCCCUGCAUCAGGGAAGCCCAGCCAAGGGUUCCUGCUAUUCAUGGUGAUCAAAAUUCUAGUGAUGACUUCCAGCAAAUAUGUACCCCAGCUUCAGUAAAUGCCAAAAGUGGCCCAGGAAGAAAAAACAAAAGAGCAAGGGGAAACCAAGACAUUGAAAGUGCAAGUCCAAGAAAUGUUACAAGAGGGUCCAAACGGAAAAAUUCCUUAAGAAAUCAUGUCAGUUCUAGUCAGUUAUCCACAGGUGAUGGCAAUAACUCUGAAACAGACUUCCAAGUAUCCCACUCGUGCAAAAGCAAUGGCAAAGGUAAAAAAGACCGGUCAAGCAAUGCAAUGGUUAACAAAGACUCCAUUUCUAAAAUACAGAAAGAAAUGCAUAAAAGUGGCACAGAACCUAGCAGUGUAGGAGAAGCCUCUCAUUCUGGCCUUCCCUCUGGUUCUUCCCAAGAAAGAACUGGAGCAGAGGUUCAAGAUGUUCUAAGCAUAAUAGAGAAUAUCCCUGAAAAAAGGGCACAACCUUCUAAUGCUGUGAGAAAUACUGAAAGAAAUUCAGAACGAGACAAAAAUCUUGACAGUCAAGCUGAGCAGUCAUUGGAGUUGGUGUUCAGGAGUGACUUGGGCGCAGAGGAAUCCAGCUUCCUUGGCUUCUCUCAGGACGAUAUUAACGAAACACUUAAUCGAAGUGAAGUCUUUCAGCAGCAGAACUUGGAUAAGGCUGCACUUAGUGUGUACUGCAUUCCCUCCUCUGAUCCUUGUCCUGAUGAAGAUAGAAGUUCUACUGGAAGCAAUGACUUCACCAUUGGUCUGGUCCUACAGAAGGUGGAGAAUUUCCCGUCAGAGGGUUCAGAAUGGGAAGAGCAAGUCACAGGUUUCAUGAAGAGACUGGACACCCAACUAGAAAUCAAAAGGAGGAGAGAAUCGGAACUUAGUACGCUACCAUCGCCAAAUUUCCACAAGACUGUCUUUGGCUUGGAGAAGGAGAAUCAAAACAUCUUGCCAGGAGUCGUUGAAGAUUUCGGACCAGAGCAUUUGUCUGAUGAUGAUGAUGCACCAGUCUUCCAGGAUGCCAGUGAAAAUGUUGAAAACUAUGAAAAGGACAAAAGAUCAAAAUUAAAUACUAGACGGCGAAGUGCAAGGAUUAAUAGUUCUUUCAAUGCUAGGGUUGCUACACGUUCAACCCCAGUGGAAAGUCUUUCUUAUACAGGAAUGUGCACAUCCCCUUCUAAGAAGAAGAGGAGUGUUUCUUUGUCAAAGAAAGAGCAAUUAUCUGGGAGUAAGCCUUCAGAAACGAAUGCACCAGCUGCUUUGCGAGAGUUGUCACCAAACCAACUUAUGAAUUCCCCACAGAAAAAUGGAGAGAGCGUGCACUUCAGCACUCCCAAACGCUUCAGGAGAAACUUGCUGAACACCCAGCAAAGUCCAAGUGUAAAGCAUAUUGUGUUGCCACCAGGAACCCCUGUUGAAGAGCAAGAGGUCAUUUCAAAUAAUUAUGUGCAUGAUGACUCUGAGGCCGAGGUCAUCUUCCCAAAGUUUUCAAGCCCUACUCAGAAGGGAUCUAUACUUUCUCCUGUGAAGCACCGAGUGCAUAAACAGAUGAUCAAAUCUAGGCGCCGUUCUGCACCUCUCUUGGGUCAGCGUGAUGUACAAUCAUCACCCCUUCGUCCAAGCAAUCGACAUGACCUCCCACCAUUUGCGUUUCCACUGUCAUCUAGGAAGUCCUUAUUCAUGAAAGGACGUGUCAAGCGUAUCAACAUCUCGUCUCCUCGCAAGCGAUCCAAGUCUGCUUCCUCGCCGGCCUCCAAAUCCUCCCAAUUCUUGACAUUCCUCAAUGAACUCAAAGCUGGCCUUUCUCCGAUGUUCUACACCUUCAAGAAGCCGCACUUCUCGCUGCGCAUCCUGCAGCCUUCUGCAGUACGGCGUAGACAUCACUACCCGAGGAUGUCUCGGUCUCUCCUUGCACUCAACCUCUGUCUCCCUUCGGAUGCUGAGCUCAGGAUCUACGAGUUCCAUGAUGACGACAGCAUGGACGAAGAGGAGGACCUUUUUGUCAGCCCGCUGAAGAACGACUCUACAAGAAAGGAACUUCAUGAUCAAUGCACACAGACUCCACCAUCGAUCCACAAGCAGCGAAGGUUAAGAUCCCGCAGCCUCUCGGGUGGAAGGAAUAAAAGCGCACCUGCUCCAAAUGUCAAUGGAAAGGGGAGGAAGGUAAAAGAAGUUGAACAUGACAGUGUAAGAAAAGGAAAGAGGAAUGUAAAAGUUCAAGCAAGUAGUCCAGAAAUUGAUUCUAUCUUUGAUAUGCCAUCAGGGUACUAUUUGUAAAAAAAAAAAAAAAAGGUGGAUAUUCUUUACACUUGUUUGUACUUACAUGUAUGUCAGUGUUAAUUUGACAGAUGUUUCUUGUUUCAUAAUCAGAGUGUGUGAAUGUAUCACAUUUUAUAAAAACACCCAAUUCUAUGAUAAUCAUUCAGGAGCUAGUGAGGCAUUUGAGAACUAAAUUUUAGAAAAUUUUAAGAAGCCUGGAUGGGAUUGAAGUACAUGUACAGCAAUCAGUGGUUUGUUUCCUUAGGGCAAAGUGCAAAGUCUUACGUCCUCUCGCAAAACAGUAUUUAAAUCUACAUGUUCAUGUAAAGUACUAUGUUGAUCACUGGAUGAUUAUGAAAAUACCUUACGCUCUUUAGAUUUAUUUGUACUUUCUUUCGAAAUGAGUUGUUCAUGUUGCAACUAAUUCCAGUCUCUUAUUGCCUUUUGAAUAUUUUGCAGGUGAAGUAUUCAGAUAGAAGCUAUAACCUUGAUUACAAUUUCCAUUGCAGUCUUAUUUAUUUAAAGUAAUUCCCAUGUACAUGUAGUACUUGCUUCUUUUGAAAUAUAAUUUGUAUUCAUCAGUCAUGCAGCGUUGGUCAGCACCACUGCUUAAGUUCUGUGCAUUAUCGUCAGUUUUCAUGGGGAAUCUGACAACAUCCACUGCCCUGUCUUACAAGGAGAUGCGAUUUGUCUGGGGCCCGUCUUACAAAGAGUUGCAAUUGAUUGGAUCAAUCGCAACUAUGGAAAGCCAGGGGAGCAUUUCAUG